GUAUAAAGCUUCAGCCGAGCUAUUUCUAUGACAACUGUCUGCUCGAUUAUACAAGCUAGACACAAGAAUCAGUAACUUGAGUGAGUAGUGAAGUACCAAUUUCCGUUUUCGAGGUUUUUAUCAAAAGGUAAGAUAUGCUGUUUUAAGAAAUUUUGAAACAAAAAUCAGACGACGUUUCAAAUAGUAUAUGCCAAAAAUUUGGAAAAACCCAUGAAACAUUUAUUUAUAUAACUAUGUAUAUGGGAUCAAUGACCAAGGUUAAAUAAACACGUUCAUUAUCGACUAAAUUUCCUUAACAAACAAAUAAACUAAAUAAACGUACCAGAUUUACUUGUCUAAGGUUUUAAUUAUAAACACAGAUGAACGUAUUGCAUUUAGAUCGAACAUACAAGCAAGUUAACGUACUGGAUUGACAGGUUAUUAGGAUAUAAUAUACAAACAGGUAACAAUACUGGAUUGACUGGUCAUUUAGAUCAAAUAUACAAUCAGUAAACGUACUGGAUUGACUGGUUAUUUAGAUCGAAUAUACAAACAGGUAAACGCCUUGGAUUGACUGGUCAUUGAGAUCGAAUAUACAAACAGGUAAACGCCUUGGAUUGACUGGUCAUUGAGAUUGAAUAUACAAACAGGUAAACGUACUGGAUUGACUGGUCAUUGAGAUUGAAUAUACAAACAGGUAAACGUACUGGAUUGACUGGUCAUUGAGAUUGAAUAUACAAACAGGUAAACGUACUGGAUUGACUGGUCAUUGAGAUCGAAUAUACAAACUGGUAAACGCCUUGGAUUGACUGGUCAUUGAGAUCGAAAAUACAAACAGCUAAACGUACUGGAUUGACUGGUCAUUGAGAUUGAAUAUACAAACAGGUAAACGUACUGGAUUGACUGGUCAUUGAGAUCGAAUAUACAAACAGUUAACGUACUGGAUUUUACUGGUCAUAGAGAUCGCAUACACACACAGGUAAACGUACUGGAUUGACUGGUCAUAGGGAUCGUAUACACACACAGGUAAACGCACUGGAUUGACUGGUCAUAGGGAUCGUAUACACACACAGGUAAACGCACUGGAUUGACUGGUCAUAGAGAUCGUAUACACACACAGGUAAACGCACUGGAUUGACUGGUCAUAGAGAUCGUAUACACACAAGUAAACGCACUGGAUUGACUGGUCAUAGGGAUUGUAUACACACACAGGCAAACGUACUGGAUUGACUUGUCAUUGGGAUCGUAUACACACAAAGGUAAUCGUACUGGAUUGACUGGUCAUAGGGAUCGUAUACACACACAGGUAAACAUACUGAAUUGACUGGUCAUAGGGAUCGUAUACACAUACAGGAAUGCGGACUGGAUUGACUGGUCAGAGGGAUCGGAUACACACACAGGUAAACGUACUUGUUUGACUUGUCAUAGUGAUCGUAUACACACACAGGUAAACGUACUGGAUUGAGUGGUCAUAGGGAUCGUAUACACACAAGUAAACGCACUGGAUUGACUGGUCAUAGGGAUUGUAUACACACACAGGCAAACGUACUGGAUUGACUGGUCAUUGGGAUCGUAUACACACAAAGGUAAUCGUACUGGAUUGACUGGUCAUAGGGAUCGUAUACACACACAGGUAAACAUACUGAAUUGACUGGUCAUAGGGAUCGUAUACACAUACAGGAAUGCGGACUGGAUUGACUGGUCAGAGGGAACGGAUACACACACAGGUAAACGCACUGGAUUGACUGGUCAUAGGGAUUGUAUACACACACAGGCAAACGUACUGGAUUGACUGGUCAUAGGGAUUGUAUACACACACAGGCAAACGUACUGGAUUGACUGGUCAUAGGGAUUUUAUACACACACAGGCAAACAUACUGAAUUGACUGGUCAUAGGGAUUGUAUACACACACAGGCAAACGUACUGGAUUGACUGGCCAUAGGGAUCGUAUACACACACCGGUAAACGCACUGGAUUGACUGGUCAUAGGGAUUGUAUACACACACAGGUAAACGCACUGGAUUGACUGGUCAUAGGGAUCGUAUACACACACAGGUAAACGUACUGGAUUGACAGGUCAUAGGGAUUUUAUACACACACAGGCAAACGUACUGGAUUGACUAGUCAGAGGGAACGGAUACACACAGAGGUAAUCGUACUGGAUUGACUUAUCAUUGAAAUCGAAUAUAGAAACAGGCAAACGUACUUGGUAACCUUGUCCCGAAGAUUGAAAAUAAAACACUGAUGAUGGUACUGGAUUAACUUGAUUGACCUUAACGCAAUACAUUCAAUCGAUACCUCCACAGUACUCAUAUUAUUACAUGUAUAUCUUUUUUUGUUAAUGUCUUUAAAAACUUAAUCUCAUGUUACCAAACCAAUCACAUUCAUUGUUUGGGUAUCUGUUAGAUAUUAGAUUUCAUCAAUACUUGAGAUAAUUGGCAUUUAACAUGCGAUGAUUUAAACAAAUUGUAUUCAUUCAUAACAUGUCGACCUUAAACCUUCGGUUGAAUAUAUUGUAUUCAGUCAAUCCUUCGGUUGACUUUAUCGUGUUAUGAUUGAAAACCAAGCGUCUCAAACAAUUACGUGCUAAGCUUGAAAUAGAACUCGCGCAAUUCCAAAGUUGUAUUCUCGUUUGAAUAUCUUAUCGUUUGAAUUUAAAUACAGGGAUUGAUUUAAAUUAUAGGAAAACAUUGUUGGCAAGGUUAUGUAAUUGUUGUACCGAAUUAUUUAAAUUCACUCAAUCAAAUGUUUUUUAAAGAAUAAUCUUUGACGAAAACAUAACAUUAUUGGUUCCAAUGCCCUUAAAUAAAAACAAUAAACAAAACGUCGCCAAGACCGAUGUUUUCUCGACACGGCUUAAAAGCUGUUAUUAAAACACAAACUUACCGUCUUGUAACGUCUUAAAGGUUUAUAUUAAAACACAGUCUAACCGUCUUGUAACGUCUUAAAGGUUUAUAUAAAAUCACAGUCUAACCGUCUUGUAACGUCUUAAAGGUUUAUAUAAAAUCACAGUCUAACCGUCUUGUAACGUCUUAAAGGUUUAUAUUAAAACACAGUCUAACCGUCUUGUAACGUCUUAAAGGUUGUUAUUAAAACACACACUAACCGUCUUGUCACGUCUUAAAGAUUGUUAUUGAAACACACACUAACCGUCUUGUCACGUCUUAAAGAGUGUUAUUGAAACACACACUAACCGUCUUGUCACGUCUUAAAGUUUGUUAUUGAAACACACACUAACCGUCUUGUGACGUCUUUAAGUUUGUUAUUAAAACACACUCUAACCGUCUUGUAACGUCUGGCAGGUUGUUAUUAAAACACACACUAACCGUCUUGUCACGUCUUAAAGUUUGUUAUUAAAACACACACUAACCGUCUUGUAACGUCUUAAAGGUUUAUAUUAAAUCACACACUAACUGUCUUGUAACGUCUUAAAGGUUUAUAUUAAAACACACUCUAACCGUCUUGUAACGUCUUAAAGGUUUAUAUUAAAUCACAGUCUAACCGUCUUGUAACGUCUUAAAGGUUUAUAUUAAAACACACUCUAACCGUCUUGUAACGUCUUAAAGGUUUAUAUUAAAACACACACUAACCGUCUUGUAACGUCUUAAAGGUUUAUAUUAAAUCACACACUAACCGUCUUGUAACGUCUUAAAGGUUUACAUUAAAACACACACUAACCGUCUUGUAACGUCUUAAAGAUUGUUAUUGAAACACACACUAACCGUCUUGUAACGUCUUAAAGAUUGUUAUUGAAACACACACUAACCGUCUUGUAACGUCUUAAAGAUUGUUAUUGAAACACACACUAACCGUCUUGUAACGUCUUAAAGAUUGUUAUUGAAACACACACUAACCGUCUUGUCACAUCUUAAAGGUUGUUAUUAAAACACACACUAACCGUCUUGUAACGUCUUAAAGAUUGUUAUUGAAAAACACACUAACCGUCUUGUAACGUCUUAAAGUUUGUUAUUGAAACACACACUAACCGUCUUGUAACGUCUUAAAGAUUGUUAUUGAAACACACACUAACCGUCUUUUAACGUCUUAAAGAUUGUUAUUGAAACACACACUAACCGUCUUGUAACGUCUUAAAGAUUGUUAUUGAAACACACACUAACCGUCUUGUAACGUCUUAAAGAUUGUUAUUGAAACACACACUAACCGUCUUGUCACAUCUUAAAGAUUGUUAUUGAAACACACUCUAACCGUCUUGUAACGUCUUAAAGUUUGUUAUUGAAACACACACUAACCGUCUUGUAACGUCUUAAAGAUUGUUAUUGAAACACACACUAACCGUCUUGUCACAUCUUAAAGUUUGUUAUUAAAACACACACUAACCGUCUUGUAACGUCUUAAAGAUUGUUAUUGAAACACACACUAACCGUCUUGUAACGUCUUAAAGGUUGUUAUUAAAACACACACUAACCGUCUUGUAACGUUUUAAAGAUUGUUAUUGAAACACACACUAACCGUCUUGUAACGUCUUAAAGUUUGUUAUUAAAACACACACUAACCGUCUUGUAACGUCUUAAAGAUUGUUAUUGAAACACACACUAACCGUCUUGUAACGUCUUAAAGGUUGUUAUUAGAACACACACUUACCGUCUUGUAACGUCUUAAAGGCUAUUAUUAGAACACACACUUACUGUCUUGUAACGUCUUAAAGGUUGUUAUUAAAACACUCACUAACCGUCUUGUAACGCCAUAAAAGUUGUUAUUAAAACACACACUAACCAUUAUAUAACGUCUUAAAGGUUGAUAUUAAAACACACUCUAAUCGUCUUGUUACGCCAUAUUAAUUGUUAUUUAAACACACACUUACCGUCUUGUAACGUCUUAAAGGUUGAUAUUAAAACACACACUAACCGUUAUGUAAAGCCUUAAAAGUUGUUAUAAAAACACACACUAACCGUCUUGUAACGUCUUAAAAGUUGUUAUUUAACACACACUAACCGUCUUGUGACGCCUUAAAAGUUGUUAUUUACCACACACUAACCGUUAUGUGACGCCUUAAAAUUUGUUAUAAAAACACACACUUACCGUCUUGAAACGUCAUAAAUGCUGUAAAUAAACACACACACAUAAAACAAAUCCUGGACACUAGUUAAAUUUGUAACGAUAUAUUCCCUAGACUCUAGUUAGGUCUGUAACGAAAAAAUCACGAGCCUCUUGGUACAAAGAAAAUCAUCCGUAAACACUAGUUGUACCCAUUGCCAGAUAUUCCUUGGAAUUUUUGAACCAGUAACGAAUUAAACCAAAGACCAAAAACACUAGUUAAAUAAGUUACGAAAUAAUCCCUGGACUCUAUUUAAACAAGUAACGAAAUAAUCCCUGGACUCUAGAUAAACCAGUAACGAAAUAAUCCCUGAACUCUAGUUAAACCAGUUACAAAAUAAUCCCUGGACUCUAGUUAAACUGGUAACGAAAUAAUCCCUGGACUCUAGUUAAACCAGUUACGAAAUUAUCCCUGGAAUCUAGUUAAACCAGUAACGGCAUAAUCCAUAGGCUCUAGUUAAACCAGUUACGAAAUAAUCCCUGGACUCUAGUUCAACCAGUAACGAAAUAAUCCCUGGACUCUAGGUAAACCAGUAAUGAUAUAUCACUGGACACUAGUUAAACCAGUAACGAAGUAAUACCUCGACUCCAGUUAAACAAGUAACGACAUAAUCCCUGGACUCCAGUUAAACCAGUUACGAAAUAAUCCCUAGACUCCAGUUAAACAAGUAACGUAAUAAUCCCUGGACUCUAGUAAAACCAGUUACGAAAUAAUCACUGGACCAAUUACGAUGAAAUCCUUAAACUCUUGUUAAACCAAUUAAGAAUAAUUCCUAGACUCUAAUUAAACCAGUUAAGAAUAAUUCCUAGACUCUAGUUAAACAAAUUACGAAGAAAUCCUUAAACUCUAGUUAAACCCAUAACGAAGAAUUCUCUACAAUUUGGUUGUGAUUGAAGAGCUUUUGCUCUCAGUUGAUAUUAGGAAUAAAGAGGAAUGUAUCAUAUUGCAGAAGCAUCUUAAGUAAAAAUGUUUACCUUUUCCAUAAAUUUAAAAAUGUGAAAAACUGAGUUAUUUUAUUUUUAUAAAGUAGUAUGCUUAUUGUAAAUUAGGCCAUUUGAAUAAGAACACUUGAAAUGAAACACAAUUAAAAAAAGUAUUUUUUAAUUAAUGUAGCAAUUUAAAAUUUUACACUUAAGUUUAAAUAUGUUAAACAUAUCUGAAGAUGUCUCUGCAAAAGACCCAAGAGGUCGCUUUGAAUAUUAAAACAAGCGUUCCUUACGCCGGGAGAAAACAAAGGGCGGCCACAUGGAACAGCGUUUGGCUGAACCUCCGACCCCCUCAUUCCAAAUAACUGUAGUAUUAAUAUUUGCAUUUUGGUGGAUUUAUGCAUAUUGUACCUAGCAUAUUUACUUCGACAAUUCUGAAGGUAUGGGACAUGUGGGGGGGGGGGGCUUGUGCGAAUCAGUCGUGAAGAAUUCCCCCACCUCCUCUUUGUCCUCUAGUGGGAUGAUCCGAGUAGAAUGCCAAAUCCUCGUACUAAAAAGCUGUAUAUAUAGUUUAAGUGUAAUGAAUCCUGUUCUGUUCUGUUCUUAUUCAUCUUAAAUGGUUCUAUUGUGCUCAUAUAAGUUUAUAUAGUAUAAUAUAAUUGAUAAGGUUUUCUAAAAAUAAUAUAUUUAAUAUAAAUAUUUUACACGUAACACCAACCAUGACAAUAUCAUGAAGCUUAAUAUAGAAAUUAGAAGUUUUAUAUUUAAACCAACCGUCCCUAACCAUGACGUGUUCAGCCAAAAAUAGAUAUUGACAAAUUCCAAAGGUGUACUCGAUUUAAUUCUUUCUAUUACGUGUUUCGUUCUUUACAUGGAUUGAUUUAAAUAAAACGAAAACUGUGUUAUCCAGGUACUAUAAGGGUACAAUCCCAGUAGCAGAACAUGGUACGUUGCUAACACAGGUACUAUACAGUGACCACCCCAGUAGCCGAACAUGACUAUGGACCGUGACCCAGAAUCCCAGCAUGUGAUGUCCCUGAGACUGUCCAGAGUUCUGAGGGACAUCGGUGUGACCAAACAGAUGGUCGCCAGGAGGAGGAGGACAUUCCUGUUGAAUGAAAAGGUUACAGCUGUAAUGAAAUCUUUAAGAUAUAAUACAAAGGAUAACGUGUUUGUCUUCGGUAGCCAAUCGGAAGGAACAACAACUCUAGGCAUGAAUUCAGAUACAGAUAUGUUUCUAUGUUUAAACAAUUUCAGUGUGAUAAUGGACUGGGCAGACUGGAAGCUAGGUAAGAAGUGUCUUCUGGUGAUAAAGAAUGAUCGUUCUCCGCCCCAGCACUGUUGUAUACAGUUUGUUAAAAGUGACUGCCCGUUGCCUGAAACGCUGGACAAUGUUAAAGCAGAAUGUGUCGAAGAGACUCUGGAUGGCAGGGUGCUGCUGAAAAACACUUGGAUGGAUAGGGUGUUUGAGCAGGAGCUUGGUCGGGUAUUUAGGAAACAAGGGCCAUCAAGAAGUGAUGGGACAGAUUUAGACCAUAUAACCGCAUUUAGCUACUGCGGACUGUUGUUCGAAUGCAAUUACCUAUUCACAAGAUCAAAGCCUGGUCACUGGCCGAGACCUGAAAUACUCGCAAAGGCACGUCUGUGUCCAACAUUCCUCGUCCCACAAGGUCACGCCGAGAGUGAUCAGUCAAAACUGGAAUGGAGAUUCUCUACGUCACUGAUUGAAAGAUUGCUGAUGUUUGAUCUCAAUAUUUUGCAAAUACAGGUCUAUACAUUUCUAAAAAUCUUACGAAAUACUUUCUUCAAACCGUUAGUUGAUGAUAGGCUGAGCACAUUUCAUUUCAAAACAGCUUUAUUGUUCACCAUUGAGUCAUAUCCUCCAGAAAUCUGGCAGGAAAGUGACCUGCUGCAGUGUGGUAUAUACUGCUUGAAAACCCUUCAACGUUGGUUCAACCUUCGACACUGUCCACAUUACACGAUCUCUGGAGUGAACCUGUUCGUGGGAAAAGUGAGACAAUGGGAAUUCCCUCUCCUUUCAGCAGUUCUCUCUGACAUGAUAGACAACAUUAUGGACUAUGUCAAACGGAUAGAAAUGGACCAGAUAGGCGAGAGGAUCGAUGACAGACCCAGAAUAUUUAGUACAAGAUAUCAGAACACAUUAGCGACAGUGAAUUACUGCUUUACUAAAACUACAUCCGAUAUAUUCGGUAUAUAUUUUGAUUCAACGUCUGACAGGAAUGACAAUUUAAAAAUAAUAAGCAAGAUCAUAAAGGUUGUGGACAGUCUUCAUGAAUUUGGUAUAUGGGCAGAAUUACUACAUGCAGCAAAGUGGCUAUACCAAUAUCUUGCCUCCAUGACAGCAUCUACGUGUCUUCGUAGCAAUCAGCCAAUACCACCAGACGUUUACGGCAUGUACGAGGCCUCUCUAGACUCAGACCUCACCUCCAGCAGAUUGAAGUUGGCAUCCAUGUUAUACUGCAGUGGUCAGUACGAAAUGGCCGAAUUGAUGUUGGACUACACCGAGAGUCUGCUGCAUGCCGAUGUAUGGCAGAGGACUCCGUGUGUGGGAAGGGCGGAUCUUAAACCUACUGAGAGGUUUCUACAAAAGGCCUAUGAGAUUCCUGUUUUGGAAGUGAUCAAACGGCAUGUUGCAUUCAGCGUUGUUUUUAAUUCAUUAGAAAUAUGUUGUGUACCUGGGUUUUUAGAAUACGAGAUGCAUAGAACAAUAAGUCCUGAAGAUUUUAACAACAGAAAUCCAAUACAUGAUAAAUGGAUGGACCUUGUAGUAAUUGACUCCAGGCCAUUUAUGUUCUACCUGCAGUACCUCACAUCUAGACAACUGGGAAAAGAAUGGAGAAGACUUGCAGCACUACUCAAGUUAACCAACUAUAUUUUUGUAGAGAGUAGAUUCUGUGGGCAUAUAGAGACAGCCCUGCAUGUACUUGGUCACUGUUUUGAACUGGAGAACCAAUAUAUUACGGCAUGGAAUUGCUACAAAAUAUCCGUCGAACUCUUCCCCUUCAACAACGCAGCCAGGUGGCAUAUCAUAAGACUCUUUCAGCAGGCACGGGGAAUACGAGGAGAUUAGCAGCACAUCGCUUAUUAUCUUAACAUUGAAGCAUCAGUAAUCCAAAUUGCAUUGCACCUGGUGACAAAAAUGAAGUAACAAUGAAACGAUCUUUUAAGAUGUUUCAUUGAUAUUUUUUAUUUUUCGGACAGGACAUGUAUGAUUGAAACAUACCAAUUUAGAGACAUAUUUUAAACUGAUAUGUACUUAUUCAUUAGGAAUUGAAUUGUCCUUAUUUAAUUUUCCAACAGACGAACUUUAUUAUUUGACUUGUCCAAACAUUUAAUAUUCAAACAUGAGAGUUCGUUGCUUGACUUGCCAUAACAUUUAACAUUCAAACAUGAGAGUUUAUUGCUUGACUUGUCCUAACAUUUAACAUUCAAACAUGAAAGUUUAUUGUUUGACUAGUCCAAACAUAUAAUAUUCAAACAUGAGAGUUUAAUAUUUGACUUGUUCUAAUAUUAAAGUUCAAACAUGAGAGUUUAUUAUUCAACUUGUCCUAACAUUUAAUAUUCAAACAUAUGAGUUUUUUGUUUGACUUGUCCUAGCAUUUAAUAUUAAUAAAUUGGAGGUUAUUGUAUGUUUUGUCCUAACAUUUUACAUUCAAACACAUGAUUUUAUUAUUUGACUUGUCUUAACAUUUAACAUUCAAACAUGAGAGUUUACUGUAUGACUUGUCCUAACAUUUAACAUUCAAACAUGAUAGUUUAUUGUUUGACUUGUCCUAAUAUUUAACGUUCAAACAUGAGAGUUUAUUAUUUGACUUGUCCUAAUAUUUAAUGUCCAAACAUGAGAGCUUAUUAUUUGACUUGUCCUAAUAUUUAAUGUUCAAACAUGAUAGUUUAUUGUUUGACUUGUCCUAACAUUUAAUAUUCAAACAUGAGAGUUUAUUAUUCGACUUGUCCUAACAUUUGAUAUUCAAACAUAAGAGUUUAUAAUUCGACUUGUCCUAAUAUUUAAUAUUCAAACAUUUGAGUUUUUUGUUCUACUUGUCCUAACAUUUAACAUUCAAGCAUGUGACUUUAUUAUUUGACUUGUCCUAACAUUUAAUAUUCAAACAUGUGAGUUUAUUAAUUGACUUGUCCUAACAUUUAAUAUUUAGACAUGUGAGUUUGUUAUUUGAUUUGUACUUAUAUUUAAUAUUCAAACAUGUGAGUUUUUUUUAUUUGACUUGUACUUAUAUUUGAUAUUCAAACAUGUGAGUUUAUUAUUUGACUUGUCCUUACAUUUAACAUUCAAACAUGUGAGUUUAUUAUUUGACUAGUCCUAACAUUUAAUAUUUAAACAUGUGAGUUUAUUAUUUGACUUGUCCUUACAUUUAACAUUCAGACAUGUGAGUUUAUGUUUUGACUUGUCCUAACAUUUCACAUUCUUAGAUGUGUGUUUAUUAUUUGACUUGUCCUUACAUUUGAUAUUCAAACAUGUGACUUUAUUAUUUGACUUGUCCUUACAUUUAAUAUUCAAACAUCUAAGUUUAUUGUAUGACUUGUCCUAACAUUUGAUACACAAACAUGAGAGUUUAUUAUUUGACUUGUCCUUACAUUUAAUAUAUAAACAUCUGAGUUUAUUGUAUGACUUGUUCUUACAUUAAAUAUACAAACAUGUGA